GAUCAGGAGGAGCAGACAUGGGCAGUAAGGAGCGCUACCAUUGGCUGGCUCAGAACGUGAAGGUGAGCGGCGUGGACGACAUGGUGCUUCUGUCCAAGAUCAGCGAGGACGCCAUCACAGAGAACCUGAAGAAGAGAUACAUGGACGACUACAUCUUUACCUACAUCGGAGCGGUUCUGAUCUCAGUGAAUCCGUUCAAACAGCUUCCGUACUUCACUGAGCGGGAGGUGGAGCUGUACCAGGGAGCGGCCCAGUAUGAGAACCCCCCCCACAUCUACGCACUGGCUGACAACAUGUACAGAAACAUGAUGAUUGACAGCGAGAACCAGUGCGUCAUCAUCAGCGGUGAGAGCGGAGCUGGAAAAACUGUUGCAGCCAAAUAUAUAAUGAGCUACGUUUCCAAAGUGUCUGGAGGAGGAGACAAAGUACAGCAUGUGAAAGACAUCAUCCUGCAGUCCAACCCCCUGCUGGAGGCCUUCGGUAACGCAAAGACUGUCCGCAACAACAACUCCAGCAGAUUUGGUAAAUACUUUGAGAUCCAGUUUAGUCGGGGCGGAGCUCCUGAUGGAGGAAAGAUCUCCAACUUCUUGUUGGAGAAAAGUCGAGUUGUUUCACAGAAUGAAGGAGAAAGAAACUUCCACAUCUACUACCAGCUGUUGGAGGGGGCGACCGGGGAGCAGAGGGAGAACCUUGGGGUCACGACCCCUGACUACUACAGCUACCUCAAUCAGUCAGGAACCUACACAGUGGAGGACGUCAGCGAUAAGAAGGAGUUCUGCGACACUAUGGCAGCGAUGUCUGUUGUGGGUCUGUCUGUGGAAGAGCAGGAUUCGGUUCUUCAACUCGUUGCAGGAAUUCUUCAUCUGGGAAACAUCACUUUCAGAGAAGAAAACAACUACGCUGUGGUUGAAAGUCAGGACUUCCUGGCCUUCCCGUCCUUCCUCUUGGGGAUCUCUCAGGACGGUCUUUGCAGUAAACUGACCAGCAAGAUUAUGGACAGUAAGUGGGGCGGGAAGAGCGAGUCUAUCUCCGUCACGCUGAACACGGAGCAGGCGUGUUUCUCCAGAGACGCUCUGUCCAAAGCUCUGUACGCCCGACUCUUCGACUUCCUUGUCGAUUGCGUUAACAAAGCCAUCCAGAAGGACCAGGAGGAUCUGAACAUCGGAGUGCUGGACAUCUACGGCUUCGAGAUCUUCCAGAAAAAUGGCUUUGAACAGUUCAGCAUUAACUUUGUCAACGAGAAGCUGCAGCAGAUUUUCAUUGAACUCACUCUGAAGGCCGAGCAGGAGGAAUACGUUCAGGAGGGAAUCAAAUGGACGCCCAUCGAGUAUUUCAACAAUAAAGUGGUGUGUGACCUCAUCGAGUCCAAACUGAAUCCUCUUGGGAUCAUGAGCAUCCUGGACGAUGUGUGUGCCACGAUGCACGCCAAAGGGGAGGGGGCGGAUCAGACGCUGCUGCAGAAGCUCCAGGGACAGAUCGGAGCUCACCAGCACUUCAGCAGCUGGAACCGAGGGUUCGUGGUCCACCACUACGCCGGGAAGGUGUCUUAUGAUGUCAGUGGAUUCUGUGAGAGGAACAGAGACGUACUCUUCAAUGACAUCAUAGAGCUGAUGCAGAGCAGUGAAUUUCCGUUCAUCAGAGGUUUGUUCCCUGAGAACCUGGAGGCAGAGAAGAGAGGACGUCCGUCCACCGCCAGCAGCAAGAUCAAGAAACAAGCCAACACUCUGGUCCAGACGCUGAUGAAGUGCACGCCGCACUACAUCCGCUGCAUCAAGCCCAACGAGACCAAGCGUCCUCGGGACUGGGAGGACGUCCGGGCCCGCCACCAGGUGGAGUACCUGGGCCUCCGAGAGAACAUCCGGGUCCGCCGGGCGGGAUACGCCUACAGACGGGUCUUCAAAAAGUUCCUGCAGAGGUACGCCAUCCUGACCAAAGAGACCUGGCCUCAGUGGAAGGGGGACGAGCGCCAAGGAGUCCUGCACCUCCUCAACUGUGUGAACAUGGACCAGGACCAGUUCCAGCUGGGCAAGGCCAAGGUCUUCAUCAAAGCUCCGGAGUCGCUCUUCCUGCUGGAGGAGAUGAGAGAGAGGAAGUACAACGGUUACGCUCGGGUCAUCCAGAAGGCGUGGCGCAAACACAUCGCCGUCCGCAAGCACGUGAAGAUGAGGGAGGAAGCGUCCGAUGUCCUGCUGAACAAGAAGGAGCGUCGCAGAAACAGCAUCAACAGGAACUUUGUGGGCGACUACAUCGGAACCGACAACCAUCCCGAGAUCCGACAGUUCGUCGGCCGCCGAGAGAGGAUCGACUUCGCUGACGUGGUGGUGAAAUAUGACCGAAGAUUCAGGACGGUGAAACGAGACCUGAUCCUGACACCAAAGUUCCUGUACCUGAUUGGUCGAGAGAAAGUGAAACAGGGUCCAGAUAAAGGUCAGAUCCAGGAAGUUCUGAAGAGGAAGAUCGAGCUCAACAAGAUCCAGUCUGUUUCGCUGAGCUCUCUGCAGGAUGAUUUCUUCGUCGUUCAUGAGGAAGAGUAUGACAGUGUUCUUCAGAGCAUCUUUAAAACGGAAUUCCUCAGUUUACUCGUCAAACGUUUUCAUGAGAAAACUGAGAAGAAGCUUCCGCUGAAAUUCAACAACCUUCUGGAGUUCAAGGUGAAGAAGGGGGGCUGGGGUCCGUUCAGCUCUGCAGGAUCCCGACAGAUCCAGUUCCAGGCGGGCCAGGGGGACGAGGCGGACCUGAAGCUCAGCGGAAAGGUGCUGCAGGUUUCCAUUGGACCAGGUCUGCCCAAGAACUCACGACCGACGCGGAGGGACAACCGGAAGAGCCGCUACAUGGGGAACCAGGCUCCGCCCAGCAGCCAGUACAAUUCAGCGUCUCACUCCAGAGGGGGCAGAGCGCCCAGAGGCCCCACCUCCUCCAGAGGCCCCACCUCCUCCAGAGGCUCCCUGCUCAGGCAGCAGUCCAGCAUGGAGCAACCCAGUCUGCCCCGCCUCCAGAGCCAGCGCCGCCCCAGCAGCCACGCCCCCAAACAAGGCAACAUGGGCUUCAUGGCGGUCCCUGAACAGGGCGCUGCAGGGCUGCAGCGACGCCGCUCCAAGGAGGUGAAGCCUCUUCCUGGAGCAGGUCGACCGAAACCUGCUCCCAAACCGAAGCCGCGGUCCCCUCAGUGCAGAGCGCUGUACGCCUACGACGCCCAGGACACCGACGAGCUCAGCUUCAACACUGAUGAUGUCAUCGAAAUCCUCACUGAAGAUCCGUCUGGUUGGUGGUUCGGCCGGUUGCGAGGCAGAGAGGGAAUGUUUCCUGGAAACUACGUGGAGAAGAUCUAGACUUGGUCUCUGGGGUCAAAGGUCAACGGAGCUCAACACAUGGAAUAGGAAACAGCUGAUGACUGAAUGUGAUGACGUCAUUCAUAAAUACAACAAAAUGUUUGAGUCAGUGAAGUCAUCGUCCUCAGAGGUCAGAGGUCAGCUGUGACUCCGACGCAGCUCAACAGUCUGUGUGAAGUCCGAACAGCACCCCCGCCAGGCUGCAGUGUUCAUUACAGGCAACGAGAUCCUCUCACAUUAAACUUCAACAGAGAAAAAUUAAAACUGCUUUUAUCCAUUUGAUUGAAAAAUAAAGUUUCUACAUGUAAAACUGCUCAGAUCAGAUUUUG